ACAUUGUAGAUUAUUAUAUGUGGUGAACCGUUGGGGCUGACUGCAGUUUCCAAAGGGAACCGUAUUUAUAACUACUACUGCUACUGUUUAGCAACAAAAUUUAUUACAUUUUAGGCCAUUCGUUGUAUAAAUGUAAGUGCUUAACACUAUCGGAUCGGAUGUGUUUAACCCCACGAUCUUUAAAAUAUGGUAUGUAAAAUCUUGUUGGUUGGAACUGGGCUUACGAGCGCAGUUACAGGAUCACUUCUUCGUAAAAUGUGCCAGAAACAUGUCAAUCUGGUUUUCUGGGACAAGGCAAAAGAAGUUGGCGGCCGAAUGAGAACAAGCAUGAGCCCUUCUAAUUCAAACAGCAUUGCAGACCUUGGUGCACAGUACAUAACGUCAACACAGGAGAACUUCACUAAUCAUAGUGAUCUCUAUGAAUCACUGAUAUUGGGGAAACUACUCGAACCUUUGUGUAGCAAGAUAGAAGGAAUGAAGGAUUUGCCAGUAGGUACAAAGCAGUUUGUGGCCCCACAUGGAAUGAAUUCUUUGGUGAAACAUUUUCUUUAUAAUGCUGCAGAUGAAAUCCAUUUUGGAUAUUAUGUAGUAUCUAUAAGUAAACAGGGCAAGAGAUGGCUUGUUGAAACUGAGUGUGGAGUGAACGAUAUGUUUGAUGUAGUUAUCUUAACAUUGCCUGUACCUCAGUUGCUUGAUAUUGGAGGUUUCAUCCAGGAAAUAAUACAUAAAAACUCUGAAAUGAAGCAUAGCCUAAAGUCUGUGACAUUUAGUUCCAGAUAUGCAUUAUGUUUGUUUUUUGAUUCAAAUUUUAAAUUUAACCCAGGAUGGGACUCAAAGUACAUAUGUGAUAAUGAGAUCUUUCGGUUUGUUUCAUUUGAUAAUAAAAAAAGAAACAGGCCAGAUUUACCUUCUGCAGUCGUGUUUCAUACAUCCAUACAGUAUGGUGCAAUUAACUCUGACAGAGAAUUGAAUGAUGUUAAGAAUGAACUUGUCUGUCAUGUGAAGGAAAUGUUUCCAGAUUGGCCUGAACCAGAACAUAUCGAGUGUCAGAGGUGGCAGUACUCACAGGUUAUGACUCCGUACUUGGGGCAGCCUGGAUGCCUAACAAUAGAACAACAUCCAUUACUUGUUGCUGGAGGUGACAGUUUUAUGUCAUCACAUAUUGAUGGUUGCAUCUCAUCCGCUUUUAUACUUGCUGACACUGUGGGUCUAGCAAUCAAAAAAUCAGAACAAAAUUGAAAGGACAAAGGGAGAGAAUCAAAAUUAUUAUUAUUACAGGAAUAUAAUACUUAAGGAUAGUGCAUUUCUUGCAUCUCAUUUACAGUUGGAUGUGGAACAGAUCACAAGACAGUAAACAUGAUUCAUUUAAUAUAAGCUCAUUCUUUAAUAGUGUAAUGUUUUGAAGCUUAUGGUAUAAAGUGAAUAAUUUUUGGGAAUGAAAGGUAAAACAGAGGCCAGUGUCUCUAAAAGAUUAUAUCUAUGAAUGAGAUUAUGUUGCUAAACCUAGGGUUCUUUAUUCCAAAUAUGAGAUAUGUCAUUUAACUCAGUGUGGGGGAACAUUAUUAAGUGACAGAAACUUGAUUCAUUGCUGCUCAAAUCAAAUAUUGCCACUGAACAGAACAUGGCACUGAGGUAUUUUACUUCCCUAGUUAAUUUUCCUCACAUCUGGUUUAACAUCAUUGUACUCCCUCAGCUUUAUGAAAGGGCCCUUUCUAAUAGAAUAUGCAUUUUUUUUUCUGCCCCCCAACCCCACCAAUUUCAUCUGAGCUAUAUGUUCAGCUGAUUUAUCCAUGAAGUGACUAUGUUAACAACACUAGGUAACAAUUCAUUAUGUAAUAUUCUCCACUGCUCACUUCUGAUCUCUGGUAUAGAGAAGACUAACUUAUGUUUCAAGAAUUAAUAUUUUCUUAUAUAAGUCAAUAAAUACACCAGUAUGAGGGCCAUUCAAAUAUGGAUUUAUGAAGUGUGAGACCAUCCUAGUACAGUGGGGCAUGUUAGUUACAUAUAAGUCACUCCUGUAGGAGCACCCUGACCUAGUGUUUACUACUUGUCACAAUCAUGUAAUUUGUUUGAAGAGAUUGUGGUCAAACAUGAAAUAAAUGUUAAUAAUGACA